AUGAUCACACCCGGAAUCUCUUUCCUUGGUCGCAUAGUCGUAUCGACAGGCGCUAUAUAUUUAGGCGCUGUCUGCUUAGCGCGAUUCGCGACAAAGUUGGGUAUAUCCUUGCCACCAUGGAUUUUACUGCUGGGUGCGACCAGUAGUUUACCUAUCGGGUUUGCAUUGCGCAUUUUGUACUUGCGUAUCAUUCACCGCCGACAAGCUGCAAGGAUGGGUGCCCGCCUGGCGCCCCCUAUUAGGGGCAAACGAUUCGGUAACCUCGACGUCAUGCUCAAACUGGUUGAACGAUUCGAUAAUGGCUAUCCUGGUGAUGGACUGGUAGAGAUCAUCGCAGAGUUGGGAACGUGCUUUAACCUCAAUGUCAUGUUCGAGAACGUCAUAUUUACCGCGGAGCCUAGUCACAUCAAGACUAUCUUAGCGUCCGAGUUUGAAAACUAUGUCAAAGGAGAUAAGUUUAGGCAUACGAUGUCAAGUGUUCUCGGAACGGGUGUUUUUAAUUCUGACGGCGAAAUGUGGAAAUUCCAUCGUUCUAUGACAAGGCCCUUCUUCAGCCAUGACCGAAUAGGUCACUUCAAUAUCUUUGAUCGUCAUGCAGAAGAUGCUAUCUCACAGAUGAAGGCUCGUUUCCGCUCUGGAUAUCCCGUCGACUUCCAGGACCUGAUAUCGCGUUUCACGCUCGACUCCGCCACGGAAUUUUUAUUUAACAAUUGCGUGCAUAGUCUUUCCGCAGGAUUACCUUACCCGCAUAACGUCGCAACGACGGAAGCCCUUACUGGGAAGGUAAAGAUAGCUGAAAACUUUGCCAAGGCGUUUGCAGAUGCACAGACAAUUAUCGCCCAACGUCCCCGCAAAAGUUGGGUCUGGCCCUUGUUUGAGAUCUUCAAGGAUAAAACCACUGAACCUAUGCGAAUCGUGAACUCGUUCAUUGAUCCGAUCUUAAAAGAGGCUAUCGCCAAGAAGCAAUCGCAUGCCAAUGAAGAAAAGGAUGUUGAUAACGAUGAUACGACAUUACUGGACCAUCUUGUCCAGAUGACGACAGAUCCUGUGGUACUGAGAGAUGAAAUCUUGAACAUCCUGAUCGCCGGAAGGGACACGACUGCUGGGACGCUUACUGUUGCCAUGUAUCUACUCUCCACGCACCCGCAUGUGAUGACCCGCUUGAGAGAGGAGAUUAUGACACAAGUUGGACCUACCGACAGGCCGACUUACGAUCAGAUUCGUAGUAUGAAGUACCUUCGCGCUGUUCUUAACGAAACUAUGAGGGUUUUUUCUCCUGUACCUUUCAAUGUUCGCGCAAGUGUCAAUGCAUCCACUCUACCUGCAACCAACCACUUGGAUAAGCCAAUUUACGUCCCCCCAAAGACAAGUAUCACCUACUCCGUUUUUCUAAUGCAUCGCAGAAAAGAUCUUUGGGGUCCUGAUGCCGAUGAGUUCGAUCCCGACCGCUUCCUCGAUGAACGGUUACAUAAGUAUCUUACGCCUAAACCUUUUAUCUUCCUCCCCUUCAACGCCGGCCCCCGCAUCUGUCUUGGGCAACAGUUUGCUUACAACGAAAUGUCAUUCAUGCUCAUCCGCCUCCUCCAAUCAUUCUCUUCUAUCACUCUCCACCCAGAAGCACAACCCCCACACACUCUUCCGCCUGCUGAUUGGGCUCAAGCAGAGGGUCGCAAAUCACGCGAAAAGUUCUGGCCGAAAGUACAUUUGACGAUUUAUGCUCAUGGUGGUCUAUGGGUCCGCAUGGCCGAAGCUGAGAACGCUAAUUGA